AUGGAGUCUACGGAUCGCCUAUCUGCAAUCAACUUCCUAAUUGUGGUCCAGCGCUGGACGGGACUCAUUAAGUGGAAAAGCGAGCAGGGAGGUGGCCUUUUGUCCUGGAUAAUGCGCAUUUAUCCCUUUGUACUGCACCUGCCGCUGACGUUUACGUAUAUUGCCCUGAUGUGGUACGAGGCCAUUACCUCCGCGGACUUUGAGGAGGCCGGCCAGGUUCUGUAUAUGUCCAUAACCGAGCUGGCACUGGUCACCAAGCUCUUGAACAUUUGGUACCGACGCGAUAAGGCAGCUCACUUUUUGGAUGAACUACAGAAUGAUGCUGCCUACAGUCUGCGUAAUUCCGAAGAAAUCCAAUUCUGGCAGCGGAACCAAAAGGAUUUUCAGCGCAUAUUCUACGGCUUUAUCGGAGGCAGUCUCUUUGUGGCCGUAAUGGGUUAUGUCAGCGUGUUCUUCCAGGAAGAAUACGAGCUUCCCUUCGCCUAUUACGUGCCCUUCGAGUGGCGCAAUGAGGAGCGUUACAUGUACGCCUGGGGCUACAACGUGGUGGCCAUGACACUCUGCUGCCUGUCCAACAGUCUCCUCGACACCCUCGGCUGCUACUUCAUGUUUCAGAUCGCCUCGCUCUUCCGUCUGAUGAGCCUCCGGCUGCAGGCCCUGCAAGAUGUCCCCGAGCAGCAGGCCAAACCGGAGCUGCACCGACUCUUUCGGAUGCACGCCAAGGUCCGCCGGCUGACUAGAGAGUGCGAGCUGCUGGUUUCCCCAUACGUCCUGUCGCAGGUGGUUUUAAGCGCCUUCAUCAUCUGCUUCAGCGCCUAUCGGCUGGUGCACAUGGGCUUCAAGCAACGCCCUGGGCUCUUCCUCACCACCGUGCAGUUCGUGGCCGUGAUGAUCGUCCAGAUCUUCCUGCCCUGCUACUACGGCAACGAGCUGACCUUCCAUGCCAACGCCCUGACCAACAGCGUCUUCGGCACCAACUGGCUGGAGUACUCCGUGGGCACUCGCAAGCUGCUCAACUGCUACAUGGAGUUCCUCAAGCGACCGGUAAAGGUGCGGGCAGGGGUCUUCUUCGAAAUCGGAUUGCCCAUCUUCGUAAAGACUAUCAACAAUGCCUACAGUUUCUUCGCCCUGCUGCUGAAGAUAUCCAAGUAAGGAAGGCAUCUACCCGCUGAAGGAGCACAAUGGAAACACCCACGGGUCGGAUACGUAACACUGUAAC